AUGUUUCACUUUUUAACUAAAUUUACGAGAACGCUUUUAGCGCGCUCGGGAUCAGGCCGCCAAAUAUAUUGUCUCCUGUACGGCCGCGAUAAUGAUGAUAAUCAAAUUAAAGUGGUUCGCUAUGUUUGUAGCUUUUUACUGGGAUUAUUCUUGGCUUAUUUGCUGUGGGAAUUGGUAGCUCUUAACUUUAAUUUAACCCGAUUUUUUGCCAAUGUGCCCAUUUUUGGUGUGUUCAUUGUACUUAAUGGAUUGGCCUUUGCUGUCAGUCGUAAUGUGCGGUCGAUUACACUGCUGAUAUUCGUGGCUCUGGUGGGAAAAUCAGGAAGAAGCUACCUGCGUGCAAUUGCCUUUGCCUUUGUUAUUUCGGGACCAAUAGACAAUUUAUCCACGAACGCGGGUGAGGCGGCACGCGUCUUCGCCUGUACCACCGUACUUACCUACAACUUGACUAAGACGCGCUUCGAUCUUAUGGCUAAGCCGUUCACAAAUACGCUACAGCAUAUGAAGGGUGAUAUUGCAGAGAUACAGAUGACGUUUAAAGAGCUGGAGGAUAUAUUGGCGGAUCUAGAGUAUGGCGUUGAGCAUGCGAACAUUGAGGACGAUAAAUUUGGGGCAAACGAUACCUUGGCGCUGUUUCGAGACUAUAGGGAACGCCGGGGCACGAACACAACCAAAUCUGAGGUGCCUACGGCGGCGGAUAUUCAGGAAAAAUUUGUGCGCAAUAUGAGGAAUCGCUGCAAGCAUCAAUUGCGCAGCGGACACCGGGUAUGCCAGGAACUUUUUAAGCAGGGAUAUAGAAAAUGCACAACAAAUUUUCCCGACUUUGUGGCCACUGCGAUUUGUUGGCCCUACCGGGUCGAUAUCAUAUGCAAACUAAACAUUUUCGGCAAUCCGGACAAGGUGUGCGAUGCCUCACAAGUGGUGCCCAAGGACUUUGGUCAGACCUACGUGGACAUGGUGCAAACCGAGCGGGAACUGUACGACAACAGUUCCGACAUUGAAAUUACAUACAAUAUGCAGAAUUCAACGGCCCAAGAGCAUUUGAGAACGGCCCAGCAAUCAUCAGAUGAGUUUACCGAGGACUUCAAUCGACGUAAACGUAUAUUUGAUGCCAUCAUGUUAAUCAUCGAAAAAGUUCUGUGCCUUUUCCUAUUCCGUGUAAUAUGUGCAUCAAUUCGGUAUUUCCUAUUAUACAGAAGUAACAUCGAUUUUGAUAAUUUCUACAUAACCGACUAUUUCAAGCAUGUUGACGGGCGUCGGAAGGAUUUGGGCAAGCGAUCUAUACUACCACUAAGAAGUUACGAGAAAUCGCACUUUGUUGAUGUGGACAACUUGUGCAGUCGCACCUCGGAGGAGUCGAGCACCGUAGUGUAUCACCUGUUACAGCUAUCUCUAGAAAUAAUCACGGCUGGUCUAUUUGUACUACUAGAUCGUGUGGUUGUUAACCUUCUGGGCAUCAUACACAGACGCUCAUUAAUUAACUACCAUCAGGAGGGCGAGCACGAGGUUCGCUUUCACAUCAACGGGACGGGUAUAAUGGCAAGGCUACUACGUACCACAAUGAAAAAUUUCAACAUCCAUGAACGAGUUUCAACGUCCCUCUCUAACAAGGAGUGCCUACCAGUGGCCCAUGUGCUGCCCUCCAGCUUUUAUACCAGACUUUUACUGCUGUACUUAGCCAUAAUUCUGCUCAUAUAUCAGAGCACCACUUUCUUGAGGCUCCGCCGAGUCAUUUGCAGUUACUUUUAUUACAAGCGGGAGAAACAGCGUAUUCUCUUCCUUUACAACCGCAUGCUCAGGGAACGCCAUUCAAAUUUCGAAAUUAUUCGAAAGAAAGCCGAACAGAACCUCGCUACUCAGAGGGUGCAGGAUAAUUUUAAUAUUUGUCUGCGUUUGCGCCUGCGCUAUCCGGAAUUAUUUGGUUGUCUGUACGCUUUUAAGUGUGCGAAAAGAAAGUGCCUGAUUUGUGAAGCUCUAGAAGAUCACAUAUUUGUCGUGUGUCCGAACUGUGGUCUUCCUUAUUGUCAUGAAUGCAGUCUGGAAUUGAAUAGCACCUGCAUUUCAUGCGAGCACACUAUGAAAUCUGAGUCUGUUUAUUCGAAGGCAAAGGAGAGUGGGAGUAGUUCGGAUGUAUACAGCUAUAGAAAAGACAAAUGACAAAGUCAAAGA